UACGCACAACAGUCACAUGACACGGAAGUGCUGCUGACGGUUCACGGGUGCUCCUGUAUAUUAAAAAACGCAGAUUGUAUUAAUCUGUGUUGUAAAGUUUGUAUUAGGAGGUAAUUAUGUCAUCUGGUCCUGUGAGUUUAUUUGGAGGUGCAGUGCCUGCAGAUGUGGAGCUGCUCUCCAAACACCUAAAGGAUCUAGACAGAGACACUUUCAAACAAAUACUCGUAGCUGUGGUGAAUGCUGUUGAUGGUCAGGACUGCAGUGAGUCUAUGAGGCUGAUUGCAGAGAGUGGUUUAAUCUCAGAGGAGACCUUUAACCAUGUUGUGGCUGGAUUAUAUGCCGUGAUGAAAGAAGCUCUGUGUUUGCCUUCAAUAAGACAAGAGGUUUUCAGUGAGGACCUCAGAGCACUUAGAGUUACUGAAGACUUCAUUGCAGAUGUGUCUAGUGUUGUCUUUGGAAACAGGCAAACCUCAAUGAAAGUUAGUCCUGCACUUCAGGGACCAAGUUUUCCAAAGAUUGAGGAGUUCAGGUGGAGAGUUGAUGUUGCCAUUUCAACAAGUUCGCUGUCUCGAGCUUUGCAGCCCUCCGUUCUUAUGCAGAUGAAACUGUCAGAUGGGUGUCUGCAUCGCUUUGAGGUUCCAGUUGCCAAAUUCCAGGACCUUCGGUAUAAUGUUUCUUUAAUUUUAAAGGAAAUGAACGAUUUGGAGAAAAGAAGUAUUCUAAAAAUACAAGACUAAUAAAUGAUCUUCUGCUUUUUACAUGUUUUAUUAAUGUGUAAAUGUUAAAUUCAGACUUUUCUAACCGUGUUGGCUUUUGCAUUAAACAUUUUACUGUAUUUGUCUUUAAAAUUUAACAGUGAUAUCUCAAAACUGUGGGAAAUGUGAGUUGCCAAUUAUUCUGGAGUAGCAUGUUAUUUGUUUCUUAAAUAAGUUUCCACUAUUCUCACAUUUUGCAAUAAAAAAAUUGUGCACCAAAAAAAGUCAAUAUUUUACUCAUCCUAGAUAUAUGGGUCAAUGAUGUAUAAGAAUUUCCAAAAAUUUUAAAAUACAAAAAUUAAAUGGUUGUGUACACAUAAAUUCCUAUUUAAAUGUUUAAUUAAAGGAUUUUAGUGAUUUUUUUUUAUUAAUUACAAGAUCAAUU